AUGUCGUCCAGUAUCAGUUAUGUCCCAAAUAUCUACAAUCUCAUUUCCUUCAACCCCUACAUGAGCAGGAACCCAAAGGAAGGAAACAUCCAGCCCUUUAUCAUACAAUGUGAAUAUUUGCUUCAAUCCAGAGGACGGGAAUAUGUGAGCAAUGUCCAGCAGUCUUACUUCAACAUGAAUGAGAGAGGUGGAUCUCUGUCAUCAGCUGCAGGAAACUUUAGAUCAGAGGUGCUGGGUGGGCAGAACUCAGUGGCGGCAGCCAUGUUGUCCCCUGUGGUGCACGCGGUGCUGCAGAUGGGUUUCCAGCACUCGCUAGUGGAGAGUCUAGUGCAGUCACGCUACCUGCUCACCGGCUCACACUACACCUCGGUCUCUGACCUGGUGAGCGACGUCCUACAGGCCGAGGAGGAGGAAAGGCAGACGGGAUACGGACCAGACCAGACUGUGGAGAGGCAGAGAACGCCGAGAACGCAGGUCUCAGACAGGGAGAAAGUGCGAUCAGACCUGAGUCCAGAGGAUCAGUUGCAACAGCUUCAGGAAAAGAGGACCUGUAAGGUCUGCAUGGACAAACUCGUCUCCAUGGUCUUCAUCUCCUGUGGUCACCUGGUCGUCUGCAUGGACUGCGUAGCCAGUCUGCGCCACUGCCCCAUAUGCAGGGCAGUUAUGCGGGGGAGUGUGCGAGCAGUCAUGUCCUGA